GUAUCAUCUCUUUGGAGCAGUCCGGCUACACUGAAGGUUCUCGGAGGGGGACCUCCUGCCAGGACAGCUUCGAGCCGGGCUUGGCUCCGCUCUCGGAGCCAUGGCUAAAGGCAAGACCAUGUCCAAGCCCCGGGAAGGCAAAGCGGAGGCGGCGGCGGCGGCUCCGGAGAGCACCGAGAGAAGGGGGCCCGGCCGCCCCAGGAUGAACGGGGAGAACGUAUUUCUUGGCCAGUCCAAAAUCUACACCUACCUAAGUUCUAACAAAUCUCCUGGUGCUCGUCCUCCACUUCAAGAGGAAAACUCAGUCAUGCAUCAUGAGGUGAAAUGUCAAGGCAAAACACUAAAUGAAACAUGCAAAAGAGGAGACGGGAAAAAAAGUACUCUUAAUACAAUAGAAGGUGCUAUAAAACCAGAAGACCAGAAUGAUAAAGAAAGUGGGUGUGAUUCUUCAGUGUCCUUUCCUAAUCAAAAACAAGAAGCUGCAGAAACUCAGAAAAACAUGCCUCUGCCUUCUGAUUCUACUGAUGCAGCAAAUGCAAAGCAAGCUCAGAAGAAGGUGGUAAAAGCAAAACCUGGACCAAGGAGAAAAGCGCAAGGAAAAAUAUCACAGAAUCGAAAAGUGACAGAUUAUUACCCUGUUAGAAGAAGUUCCCGGAAGAGCAAAACGGAAUUGCAGACUGAGGAAAAGAGGAGAAUAGAUGAAUUAAUUGAAAGUGGGAAAGAAGAAGGAAUGAAGAUUGACUUCAUUGAUGGUAAAGGGAGAGGGGUAAUUGCUACCAAACACUUUAAUCGAGGAGAAUUUGUGGUAGAAUAUCAUGGGGAUCUCAUAGAGAUCACUGAUGCUAAAAAGCGAGAAGCUGUGUAUGCCCAAGAUCCAUCCACAGGCUGCUAUAUGUACUACUUUCAGUAUUUAAGCAAAAUGUACUGUGUCGAUGCUACAAAAGAGACUAAUCGUCUGGGAAGGCUGAUUAAUCACAGCAAAUGUGGCAAUUGUCAAACAAAGCUUCAUGAUGUUGACGGCGUACCUCAUCUCAUACUGAUAGCCUCGCGAGACAUUAAAGUGGGUGAAGAACUAUUGUAUGAUUAUGGAGACAGGAGCAAAGCUUCCAUUGAAGCUCAUCCGUGGCUGAAACACUAAUUCAUCCUUCUUUGGACUGAGCACUGUUGAAGAGAGUUGGAUUUUUUUUUUUUUUUU